CAUGCCUUCUCGAGCAUGUAAAAGGCAUAUAUUCACGCCUUUCUAAAUCGUAUAUCAGCUAAGUACAACCAUCUUUGUUGAUAUACUUCUCAUCAUUUUCCUUUACAUUUUUAGUUUCAUUGUUAAGAAAAACAGUUCACAGACUUACAAAGUUGACACGAUCUAUUUCUAUCAUCAUAUUCAAAUAGAUUCCCAAUGUCACAAAAGUUGGAAGCUAGAGGCGGAAAUGGAGGAGAGCAAUGGGAUGAUGGAGCCGAGCAUGAAGGUGUAUCAAAGAUCUACAUACGUGAGGGUCGUGAUGGCAUAGAGUCCAUCAAGUUUGACUAUGUUAAGAAUGGAGAACCUAAAGAUGGACCGAUCCAUGGUGGCUCGGAUCAAAGUUUCACCGAGUCGUUUGAUCUUAACCAUACUAUCGAUGAACAUAUCGUAUCUAUCAAGUGUUACUACGACGAGGGUGUGAUACAAGGUCUUGUCAUCAAAACCAACAUCAGGACUUCUGCACUCAUGGGAUACAACCUUGGUACAAAGUUUAAACUUGAAGUCAAAGGCAAGAAAAUCAUUGGGUUCCAUGGAUCUUCUGACCAAAACCUAAACUCUCUUGGAGCUUAUUUCACGACGCUUUCUCCUGAUAAUUUGGAAGUCUAAGAGUUCCUCGGAAAAGCUACAUAUGAGCCUCAAACGUUUAAUUUAUGUUGCUUUGAAUCUGUACUAAUUGUAUCAUCUUUCAUGUUGUUUUGGCGUGCCUUCAAGUUAUUCAAUCUUUUGCAAAUUACAA